AUGGCGGCGCACGGGGGCUCUGCGGCCUCCUCGGCGCUGAAGGGGUUAAUCCAGCAGUUCACCGCCAUCACGGGUGCCAGUGAAAGCGUGGGAAAGCACAUGCUUGAAGCAUGCAACAACAAUCUGGAGAUGGCUGUCACCAUGUUUCUGGAUGGUGGAGGCAUAGCAGAGGAGCCUAGCACCAGUUCUGCAGGGGUGUCUGCUGUUCGACCGCACGCUGAGGAUGAAGUACGAGCUCCAAUUCCUCAAAAACAGGAAAUUUUAGUAGAGCCUGAGCCCUUGUUUGGAGCUCCUAAAAGACGUAGACCUGCGCGCUCAAUAUUUGAUGGCUUUCGGGAUUUUCAAACAGAAACCAUUCGACAGGAACAGGAGCUACGAAACGGAGGGGCAGUAGAUAAGAAACUCACUACUCUAGCAGACCUCUUCAGGCCUCCCAUUGAUCUGAUGCACAAAGGCAGCUUUGAAACGGCCAAGGAGUGUGGUCAGAUGCAGAACAAAUGGCUCAUGAUAAACAUUCAGAAUGUGCAAGAUUUUGCCUGUCAGUGUCUCAACCGCGAUGUCUGGAGCAAUGAGGCUGUGAAGAACAUAAUCCGGGAACAUUUCAUUUUUUGGCAGGUAUACCAUGACAGUGAGGAAGGACAGAGGUACAUACAGUUUUAUAAAUUAGCAGACUUCCCUUAUGUCUCCAUCCUGGAUCCCAGGACAGGCCAGAAACUAGUGGAGUGGCACCAGCUAGACGUGACUUCUUUCUUGGACCAAGUGACUGGGUUCCUGAGUGAGCAUGGACAGCUGGAUGGCCAUUCUACCAGCCCUCCCCAAAAAUGCUCUCGCUCAGAGAGUCUCAUUGAUGCCAGUGAGGACAGCCAGUUGGAAGCUGCUAUCAGAGCAUCGUUACAGGAGACGCAUUUUGAUUCCUCACAGGCCAAGCAGGAGAGUCGGUCAGAUGAGGAGUCCGAGUCGGAGCUUUUUUCUGGAAGUGAAGAGUUUAUUUCGGUUUGCGGAUCUGAGGAGGAGGAGGAAUCGGAGAAUCCUGCCAAGUUGAGGAAGUCUCCGCACAAGGACUUGGGGUACAAAAAAGAGGAGAGUCGGAGGCCUCAGCCUGAGCCCCCUGCAAGGACUGAGCCUGGGACAACAUCAAAUCACAGAGUACUGCCCUGCAUUGAUGCAGGGAUACUGGAGGAGUCAACUGACAAGCCUGAAAGUACGUUUCAGGGCCUAGAUGUGAAUGGACCAAAGGCACAGCUGAUGCUAAGGUAUCCAGAUGGAAAGAGGGAACAAGUUUCACUGCCUGAACAAGCCAAACUGCUGGCUCUUGUGAAACACGUCCAGUCAAAAGGAUACCCCAAUGAACGCUUUGAACUUCUCACCAACUUCCCUCGAAGGAAACUCUCCCACCUGGACUAUGAGAUCACGUUACAGGAGGCAGGCCUGUGUCCUCAAGAGACUGUCUUUGUGCAGGAAAGGAAUUAGCACCGUGGCCUGAGUUCU